GUUGAAAUUUGCGAGUGUUAUGACUGAUGAAAACUGAAAAACCCUUCGCAACGCCGUAGCCGUUUUUCUGUAACAAGCAAAAAAUCAAACACCUUCCCUGCAUUAAAUCAUUUUCUUCCUUCUUCAAUUCACGUUAUUGCAGAGUUUCAUAACAAAAUCGAAUCGUACAAAACAACAAUAAAAUGGUGUUGGAAAGUUACGUAGUAGUACACAACAUAGCAAAACGACACAACGUUGGAACACUAGCACGAAGCGCAACAGCAUUUGGUGUAUCGGAACUAAUCCUCGUUGGUCGUAGAGAUUUCAACAGUUUCGGUAACCAUGGUUCUUCAAAUCAUCUUCGAUUUCGACAUUUUCAUUCACUACAAGAAGCUCGACAAUUUCUCAAAGAUAAAGAUUGUGAUAUUUGUGGUGUUGAGAUUACACAUGAUGCUCUUCCUGUUAAUGAACAUCCUUUUAAGAAAAGUACUGCUUUUUUGCUAGGAAAUGAGGGUUCUGGUUUGUCGAGUAAGGAAUGUGAGAUUUGUGAUUUUUUUGUUUAUAUUCCACAAUAUGGUUGUGGUACUGCUUCUUUGAAUGUUACUGUUGCUGCUUCUAUUGUGCUGCAUCAAUUUGGAGUCUGGGCAGGUUUCACUGAGAGAUCUCGUGAUGGAAAUAAAUUUGUUGUGGCUGAAAGACCUGUGAAACAGGGUCGACGAAAUUACUGCACAGAAACAGAAGAUUUUAUCAUUGAAGAACGUAGAGCCAGAAGAGAAAAUUCUGCAAACGGUUUCUUUGAGGAGACCGAGAGUGGCAAUUCAUCUGCAAACCUCCUUGAUGCAUUGUUUGUUGAUGGUUGAUGGGACAUGUGUGAUUACUUGAUGAUCAAUUGACCAUUGAGAUUGUAGGCUGAGUGCUAAAUGCUUCAGUUGCUGUAGAAGAGAACCGAUAUCUUCAGUAUCUAAUUGGUUUAGAGAAAACUAAAUAUUACACAAUGCAGCGUUUGCUCAGUGGGAUCAGUUGGGUGAAGGUUUCUACUGUCAUUAGGCAUGUAUGUUGUUUUACUGUGUAAAUUAACUAAAAACUGUUACCAAUGACAGGAAAUAAUUAGAAGUUUGUGAAAACCAAUUUUCCUGGAUUGAUUACUCUUUCAUCUAUUACACUGCCAUUUGUUCUACUAUUGCUGGUUUUGUAUGCAGCUUUAAAUGACAAAUCUGUCUUCAUUUGUUAUAUAUGCUUCUGUCUUUCUGAA